AUGUCUGCGGAUCACGGCAAGAUGAAUGGCUUGCAUGGACCGAAGCACAAGCGUGGAGAUCUUGACCGUGAGUUGAACCGUUUCGCGGGCACGCGUCUCGAAGACCUCGCUGGAGAGAUCCCCAGUCUCUGCAAGGAUCAGCACGGCUGCCGGUACUUGCAGAAGAAGCUCGAAGAGGGCAUCCCCGAGCACCGUGACAUGAUCUUCCGCGAAACCUUCGGCCACUUUGCGGACCUCAUGACGGAUCCGUUUGGUAACUACUUGUGCCAGAAGCUUCUGGAAUUUGCCAACGAUGAGCAACGCAACCUCAUUUGUGAAUCUGUUGCACUUGACCUUGUCGGAAUCUCGCUCAAUAUGCACGGGACUCGCGCUGUGCAGAAAAUGAUUGAUUAUUUAUCAACCCCACGCCAGGCGCGUGUGUCAUGCUCAUCCAUCCUGCAGAUUCAUGCGAUCAUCAUUGCCCUCAGCAUGAAUGUCGUGACCCUAAUUAAGGAUCUUAACGGCAACCAUGUCAUCCAAAAGUGUCUGAACCGCCUCGCGCCUGAGGAUAAUCAGUUUAUUUAUAAUGCCGUCGCUGCACACUGUGUCGAGGUAGCCACUCACCGCCACGGCUGCUGCGUCCUCCAACGCUGCAUCGACCAUGCCUCGGAAGCGCAGCGCAUGCAGCUCGUCAACGAGAUCACGUACAACGCGCUUACCCUCGUCCAGGAUCCCUAUGGCAAUUAUGUUGUACAAUAUAUUUUGGACCUGAAUGAUAAUAGGUUUAGCGACGCUGUCAUCAGACAAUUCGUUGGUAACGUGAUCCCACUCUCGAUGCAAAAGUUUAGCUCCAACGUGAUUGAGAAGUGUAUCCGUGUCGCGGAGCCCUCCACGCGCAAGCUGCUUGUCGAGGAGUUCCUCAGCCGUGCAAAGCUGGAGAAGUUAUUGCGUGACUCUUUCGGCAACUACUGCGUGCAGACCGCCCUCGAUUAUGCAGAUCCUGCUCAACGUCUUUCGCUGGUCGAGGGCAUUCGCCCCAUCUUGCCACUCAUUCGUAAUACCCCAUAUGGCAAGAGAAUCCAAAGCAAGCUGCAGCGCGAGCAGAUGGAAGGCCUUGGUGGCCAAUUUGGCGGGUAUCAUCAUCCUGCGCAGCAGGCUCUGGUCAAUCUCGCAAUGGCCAAUGGGCUCAACCCCCAGAUACAACAGGCCCCGCAGUCUCACGGACUCGUCCAACGGGGUCUACAUCACGCUGCAUCCAUGAGUGAACUCUAUAACGGGCCCUCGCCCAUGGGCUACCCCCUCGGCCAGCCUGGAUUGCCGCCACAGCGCCAGCAGCAGCAGUUGUUGCAUGGCCAGCAGCUGUCGGCUCCUGGUCUGGACCAGUACGGUUCGCACUUGCAAACCAGCCCCAGCGGCUCCCUCCUUGGCGGUCCCCAGGGUGCUGGCGGGUAUGGUCCAGCGAACGGAUACUCUAUGAACCAUGGCUAUGGCGCGCCCGGCGGCAACCUAGGCCUUCCUGCUGCCGAACCUGUCUACGCGCAACACGGUGGUUACAAUUACAUGUAA